AUGCUCUCUUGCUUGGAUGUCAUCUGGAGUGAAAAGCGGGGAGCUGUGGGGCUAAAGCGCAGGCAGCAGCAAAACUGCAGAAAGCCAGCAGACCUCACCGUUUGCAUGACACGCUUGCAAAGGUGCCUCCACCUGCACGGGGCGGUAUGGGUAGCUCCAUCACAACUCACUGCCUGGGAGGAACGUCAACCCCUCUGCCCCUCAUCUCCUAGGAGGAAACUGGCAGGAUGCACGCUCUUCAUCACAGGUGCAAGCCGGGGCAUUGGCAAAGCCAUUGCCUUGAAAGCUGCCAAAGAUGGUGCAAACAUUGUGAUAGCUGCCAAGACGGCUGAACCCCAUCGUACUCUUCCAGGAACUAUCUAUACUGCUGCCGAAGAGAUUGAAGCGGCUGGAGGAAAGGCACUGCCAUGCAUUGUUAAUGUGAGAGAAGAGGAGCAAAUCAUUAAUGCUGUGGAGAAAGCUGUGAAGACUUUUGGAGGCAUUGAUAUUUUGGUGAACAACGCAAGUGCCAUCUCUUUGUCUGGCACUUUAGAAACAGAAACAAGGAAGGCCAAUCUUAUGAUGGAUGUCAAUGUACGAGGAACCUUCCUUACGUCUAAAGUAUGCCUUCCUUACUUGAGAAAGAGUAAGAACGCCCACAUCCUGAACCUCAGCCCACCUCUUAAUCUGAAUCCCAUCUGGUUCAAAAAUCAUUGCGCUUAUACAAUUUCUAAAUAUGGGAUGUCUAUGUGUGUCUUGGGAAUGGCAGAAGAAUUUAGAGGAGAAGUUGCUGUCAAUGCUUUAUGGCCUAAAACAGCCAUUUAUACAUCUGCUAUGGAUAUGCUGGGAGGAAGUGGGGUAGAAAAACAGUGCCGAAAAACAGACAUCCUUGCAGAUGCUGCUUAUUGCAUUUUAACAAAACCAAAAAGUUUCACUGGAAACUUCGUUAUUGAUGAAACUCUCUUGAGAGAAGAAGGAAUUAAGGAUUUUGAUGUUUAUGCAAUUGCACCAGGUAAAAUAGUUCUUUAAGAUGAGAAUUUGCAUUUUACAAAGGAAAAGAAUCUGUUUCUUGUAGGUGUUUCCCAAGUAUCCAAAGAGGAAAAAAAAUUAAGUCGACCCAAGCAUGAAGGACCAGAUGGAGCUAAGGUUAAUUUAGAAUCGCCGGCAAAGCCAUUGGGUCCUGUUGCAGAAACAUUUAGAGUUAUUCAGGGGGCAGUAAAUGAAGAAUUUGUGAAAGCUGUUCAGGGAGUCUUUCUGUUCGAAUUAUCAGGUGAUGAUGGAGGCACUUGGUACAUUGACCUUAAAACCAAAGGUGGGAGCGCUGGUUGUGGCAAGCCUCCUGUGAAGGCUGAUGUAGUUAUGAGCAUGUCAAGCGCUGACUUUGUGAAAAUGUUCACAGGUAAACUAAAGCCAACCAUGGCCUUCAUGUCAGGAAAAUUAAGGAUUAGUGGUAAUAUGACAUUAGCAUUGAGACUGGAAAAGAUGCUGGUACAGCUCAACUCCAAACUGUGAGGGGAAAGGCUUACUAGUAGAACAUUGGCCUUUCAAAUAAACCUAUAAUGCUCUUUUAAAAUGCUAAUUCUUGCUUUGAUACAAUUUAAAAAGUAUGGAUAAAAUAUGACAUUUUUAGAGGAAAAAAUAACUCACUCUGGUUAAGACAAGGUGUUUGUGAUUAUACAAAUUCCUUCUCCAGAAUAUACCUACUAGGCUGGCGAUACUUCCUUUUCUUCUACUCUUCCUCAGGAUCAUUUUGAAUCAUGGUUGUUACCUUUGUAAUGAAGGACAUCUGAAGUGGAUUUUCUUCUACGUAAUUGGUUGUACACAUGACCCAUAAAAAACAAAAAUAAGCAGAUGCCAGACUGCAGAUCUGCUUGUGUGAGACAGGUGCCAUGCAGAGACCCAUGAGCUGGCUUGGAAAUGGAAGCGAUAUGGUCACUUGAGGGGGCUAAAUACCCCUAUUAAAAGGCUGUCUCACUGAUUUUUUUGCUUUCCUGGGUUUAUUACCUACACUAGCUUUCACACUUCUGAAAUGCGCUCUGUUGUGCUGCCCGGACUUACCCUGGGUGAUAUGCAAGUGUUCUUUCUGUACAAGGGGCAUGUGCUUUCUGCCCCGUGUAGUCAAAGGGCAGUGAAGUGUUGAAAAGACA